AAGGUCCAUGCCUCUCAGCAAAUGAGAGCUGGCAACGGCAUAAUGAGAAACUGUUGUCGUAUCCAGUGCAGGGGAUCCUGCAUCAUCUACUGUGAAGAUAGCAGUAUCAUCAAGGCCUUCAGAAAUAUCCCUGGAAUUACUUUACUUAAUGUAAGCAAACUGAACGUUUUGAAACUUGCUCCUGGUGGGCAUGUGGGACAUUUCUGCAUUUGGACUGAAAGUGCCUUCUGCAAGUUAGAUGAUCUGUAUGGCACUUGGCAUAAGGCUGCCUCCCUCAAGAGUCACUACAACCUUCCCAUGCAUAAAAUGCUUGAUAUAGACCUUAGCAGAAUCUUGGAAAAGUCCAGAGAUCCAAAGAGCCCUCUGAGCACCAUGCAAGAAGAGUCAUCGCAGGGUCCUGAAGAAGAAUCCAUUGAAGAACCUGAGAAUCAUGUCGAAGCUAAACCUGUAUCAAAGACCUUGUGCCUGAAUACCAUUCUUCGCCAGGCCAAGAAUCACAAACUCUGGAUGGAUAAGGCAGCAGAAACUAUAGAGGCCAAAUCAGAUGAGAAGGGGGUUCUAGGCAAGAAGCCUGUAGUAGGGAAGAAAGGAAAGAUGGCUGUUGGUGUGAAGAAGCAGAAGAAACCUGUGGUGGGGGAAAAGGCUGCAGCUAGAAGAAACCAGCAGCUGACAAGAAGCCUACAAAAAAGAAACCCAGUGAAGAAGCCUGGUGCCUAAAAACUUAAAUUUAUUCUAUAAAAGUCAAAUCAUUUUGGACAGCU